GGAACAUCAUGUGUGCAGAUUGAACACAUUGCAGAAGAGACAACAGCAGCACAGCAAGACCAUUUUGUGCUCCCUGUAUGAUCCAGCGCAGACUGCUCACUACCAUAAGCAGAAUGACUGAAGAGGCAAAGAGACUGGCAGGUUAUGCAGCUGUGGAUAAUCACGUGAAGAAUAAUCAGGCUCUUGGCAUUGGAAGUGGGUCAACAAUUGUCCAUUCGGUGAAACGACUAGCUGAAAGGGUGGCGCAGGAGAAGCUGAACGUAGUUUGUGUUCCCACAUCUUUCCAGGCACGGCAGCUGAUCCUCCAGCAUGGAUUAACUCUGACUGAUUUAGAUCGGCAUCCUAAACUGGAUGUUGCUAUUGACGGAGCUGAUGAAGUGGAUUCUAAUCUUAACCUUAUCAAGGGAGGAGGCGGCUGUUUAACCCAGGAAAAAAUAGUUGCUGGUUGUGCAAAAUCCUUUAUCGUAAUCGCUGAUUACAGGAAAGAUUCCAAACACUUUGGAGAGCAGUGGAAGAAAGGAAUUCCUAUUGAGGUUAUCCCUAUGGCUUAUGUUCCUGUAACUAAAGUACUGCAGAGUCGGUUUGGUGGUGUUGCAGAGCUGAGGAUGGCAGUUAGCAAAGCUGGCCCAGUUGUGACCGACAAUGGGAAUUUUCUUUUGGACUGGAAGUUUGACAAAGUGCAUGACUGGAAAUCUGUGAACACCGCCAUUAAAAUGAUUCCAGGAGUUGUGGACACUGGGCUUUUUAUCGACAUGGCCGAGAGAGUCUACUUUGGGAUGGAAGAUGGAACCGUUAGUGUGCGAGAAAAACCUGUGCAUUAAUGCCAGAAAUCACCAGCAAUGCCUUCUCUUAUAUCUGACUUUAUCUGUGCCGAGUAGACUACUGUUAUUUUAUUGUUGCCUUCCCCCAACACAGUGAUCUUGAUAUGCUUUUGUUUGGCAAAUGGUGCAUUCAGCAUAUUCAUACGUGUAGUUAGACAGGAGCGCUAUAGCUAAAGUUGAA